AUGACUUUCAACGGCAAGGUACGCUCUCAAACUCCGAUGACUGAACGACAUGAACACUCACAUGAACAGGUUCCAUUUGAGGAGGCCCAUACUAAGGAUUUGCUCCGCCCGGAAGCCUUUGACUGGGCCGAGGAUGUUGAAGAGGCUCUGGCCGCUGCUAAUCAAGCCACCGCCAUUCCGCGCAACAUGCCGAGUCCACCUGACCGGCCAUGUGGGCCUAUACCAUGGGCAGAGAGAGAUUCACACUUUGAUGACCUCGAGCCAGCCCAACCCCCUGGGUUUAUGACACGAUUCGGAUUUCACGAGUUGCUGUCGACAAUUGAGGAGGAAGGGGAACCUAUUAAUGGCCGUUCGAGCAGUGAGGUCCAAGCUAUGGACUCUGGCACCACCAGCGCUACUGAAGAUGAUUGGUCAGGCUCGAGUGAUGUUACUAGCCCUACAUCCAGCAUUGAGGAGCCUCUUCUCCCUAAUGGGGAGUCCACUAGCCAAUGCCCGUCCGAUACAGAGGAAGCAGCCGCUGCAGCACUUGCGCAGACCAACCUCACCUCUAUUUUCGCGGACCGGCAGCUAUGGAUUGAUUUUGACAGGGACAUCCAUCACUUCAAUUGGAUGGGACUGCGUAGCUACACGCAUUACUCUACCACCCCGUCGGAGUCACUGGCGAUCAUUCUAUCGAAGCCAAAGGACCUGCAGGGAAGUGACAAGUUGAGGAGGCAAGCAGUCCUCAACCAAGCUAUGCAUCACAUUGACCCCGUCAUUGUUCGUCUCCACGGCCCUGAUGACAACCUUAUAGAUCUACGAGGAUCUGCGCUGGCCAGGGAGUCACAAGGACGGGUUCACAAGUUCUAUUCACCUCAUGGAAGGUGGUUGAACGACCAGAGGGAUACGACAGAUGCUUGCAUCGAUACUGGCAGCAUAGACAUCUAUGGGGCUACUAGGUUCGCCGUUGGAAACGGUUUCGUUGAAUCAAGUUGUAUCCCCUCAGUGCAUGAAUGGAUGGAGUCCAAGCCUGAGGUCUCCGGAGGCUUGGAAUCCCUUCCACGAAAAUCGACAUGGAAGGCUAAGCCCUCCCCCUUGAAACGUCACCAAUCUACAGGCUCAUCUGUUGGAUCGGCUCGGAGACGUCGCCCCAUCACGACGUGUGUGCGUGAUGCUCCGCCCGAGGUGUAUACCUCGUUUCCGACUCCUGUGUUUGCUCGCACUCGCCGGACGGGGAUCAAAAGGCUCUGGGAGAAAUCCCGGCAUAAGUUGGCGGCUGCGCUCUCUUCGGUGAAGAGCAAAAUGAAGUAA